AUCUGCCUCUGGACAAUAUUAUAUUAAAUAAACAAAGCAAAUUAGUGUUAGAUUAUUUAGGAGUGACCUCUCUUCAAAUUCUUUUGCUCAGUAAGCGUGUGACUACACUGCAGAGGCUGCAGUGCUGGGAGACGUUCCAGAGCUUACAGAAACACUUGUGAGGCACCUCCUGCCUCCCAGGGAUCUUUCUUAAAGUGUUAACUACAGAUAAAUUCCUCUUCAUGAGCACUUUUUCUGCCUAAAUUAAAUAGCUUUGAAAUCCACUGAAUACUUAACUGUCUCCUAAAGAAUAAGAAUAUUUAAGUCUUUGAUUUUAAUCGUCUCUAAAUCUGAGUGUCUAUUUACGAAUCUUCCCUGUUAGGUGACUGAGAAUCUUUUUGACAUCACAGCUGUUUCCUAGCAACCUUGACCCAAGUGAAUUACGAACUCCUUCCAUGUUUUGUGAGGUGGACGGACUAGACUGAGAGGCAGGGAGAUUUAGGUAUCCUCUCCCCCAAAAUAUAUCUUUUGUUACCUUGGGAAGGAAGAGUGCCUACAAGUGAGAAACUGCAUUUAAUAUUGCCUAUUUUGCUAAGCAUUGAUUCUAGAAGACCUCGUGGCCCUUGCCUUCAUGAAUUUUCAUUUCUCUUUAAAAUUCCUUACACAUGAGUGUUUCACACUUUACAGAGUGUUUUCAGGUACAGUUUAUCAUAUGAUGCUCAAAGUGACCUUCCUGAAAUAGGCAAGGAGUUCUUAAUUUACAAAGGAGGAAACAAAUUCAGGAAGAGGAAGUCACUUGCAUCUUAGUCCAGAGUCCUUAAUCCUUUUAAUAGAAGGUUUAGGAGCAUUUAAAAGUGAUGAUAGCUUAAUUCAAAUUAAUCCUCUCUUUUUUAGAGUUAGUAUUUGAUUUCUUAUUUGGUCAGAUUUAACGGGGAUUUUGGAACGUUUGAAUUCAGAUCCCACAAUUUGGGAAGGGUGAGGAACAGUAUAGCCUCAGUGGGCAUUGAGGUUAUUUGGAAAUUCACUUCAGCUUCUGAAGCCUUUUCAUCUGUCCUCCCAAGAGGGGGAUUUAAAUUCAUUAAAAAGUUGUGAAAAGAGUGAAGACUUUGGGAAGGUGGCCGUUAGCAAACAGUAAAGCAGCAGUAUUGUGCCUUUUGUCUGCCCGUGACCUCACCUGUUAAUAAGGACUGGACUUUAAUUGUAAUUUUUUAUUGACGAUGCAUGCAUCAUAUCUUUUGACUUUGAAGGCUAUCUUAUGUCAAAGGAAUUGAGUUAUGACGUGGUGGUGGAUUUAGCUGGAAACCUCAGGUGUUGGCUGAGGGUAGUGAAAUGCCUGCUAAGACAUGAAGACUUUGGCCACUAGUUUCAUCCUUGGGAGCCUGGUGUUGGCCUUCUGUCUACCUUUGCUGGUGACUUCACCUAAAACGCUGGCCAUCCCUGAGAAACUGCAAGAAGCUGUGGGGAAAGUUAUUGUCAAUGCCACGACCUGUACUGUCACCUGUGGCCUUGGCUUUAAGGAAGAGACUGUCUGUGAGGUGGGCCCUGAUGGAGUGAGAAGGAAGUGUAAGUCUCAGCGCCUGGAAUGUCUGACCAACUGGCUCUGUGGAAUGCUCCAUUUCACCCUUCUCAUAGGGAAGGAAUUUAAGCUGAGCUGUCUGAGUCCAGACAUCCUGGAGAUCGGGCAGGAAGCUUUCCGAUUCACCUGGAGACUUGCUCGGGGAAUCAUCUCAACCGAUGAUGAAGUCUUCAGACCCUUCCGAGCCAGUUCCUACUUCAUAAAGUUUCAGUCCAUUCAAGAGUAUGACUCUGGGACCUACCGGUGUGAUGUGCAGCUGUUAAAAAACUUGAGACUUGUCAAGAGGCUCUAUUUUGGGCUGAGGGUCCUUCCUCCUAAUCUGGUGAACCUGGAUUUCUAUCAGUCCCUUACUGAGGAUCAGAAGUUAGUGGACGAGGGCCUGGAAGUGAGUCUGGGCAACUACUCCAGGCCUCAGCACCCACCGUGGAAAAAGAAGGUGGCCAUAGCUGUGGGAGUAGGAGUUGCCAGUGGCGUGACUGGUGGUGUGUUGGUGAGCAUCGCGCUGUGCGGCAGGCUGAGGGUGAUCCACGGCAGUGCCAGCCUCGAGACGUUACAAGCCUUGCUGCCAAAGGGCGGGGUGCUCAGGAAGCCAGACUAGGCUUUCAGGGCCAUGUUCUGGCUGCCGGCCUGUGGGCUGGCUAAGAGGGAGCUUCCGGUAUCAAAGAGCGGAGCGGAGCGUGUGGGACAGGCAACAUGAAGGUGGCUGUGGGCCAGUCUCUAACUGUGUCCUGGGUGGACCUCUUCCAGCCCUUCCCUGCCCACCAGGUACCCGGUAAACCUGACUGCAGGCAUCUCCCUACUCCUGGGACGCGUAGUGUCUUCCACGUGCAUUAAUUUUCUGCCCUUUACAGCUUGUGUGCCUCCUACCGUGAUCCCCCUUCUGAGCAGUGUAAUCAUGUAUAGAAGGGUACGAGAGCUUUUCUAGUGAAAGCAGCUUUUUCCUCUUCAAUAAAAUAAUUCACAAUAACUAUACGGAGACCUACCCUUUUCUGCUCUUUAGUGUGAAAUUUCUUGUCAGUUGUUAAAAUUGUCCGACCAUAGUCAGCCUGGUUUUGGGUUAAACUCACACCAGAGUUCUUAGAACAGACAUUGAACAAACUGCUUUGUUCGCGCCGUAUGCCCGUUUGUGGCAGAGCCGAGUGAUGACGACUGCAGCCUCGAGUGUGUGAGACAGUCGCUGAAUGUUAAUUUGACGCCCUUACACCUCCCUGGUGAAGCCUCCGUGCUCAGGGCUAAAUUGAAUUCCUGGCGGAACGUUGGAUUUUUCUGCUGGUAGAUUUCCCCUGAACGGUUUCUUGGCUUGCUUCCUGAUCCUGUCCUUCUAGCAACUUCAGUGCCCUGAAGUUUAUGUUGCUGGAGAGGUCAGGUUGGUUUCUUAGAGCAAUCAGGGCCCCUGAGGGAGGGCUAGUACCUCCCUCCCUCAACAGGACCUCCCGUCUUAAGAGGUCAAUCAGACUGUGUCUGAGACAGUUGACUUGGCUUGUGGAACCCUCGGGGAGAUGGCUCCUGGGCCACCAGCCGAGCUGACCCUGUGUGAGAGAGUCAGCAUUUCUUCUUUUCACUCUGCUGUCAGUACAGACGAAGUAGCCGCAGUAAGACUGGGACCAGUGGUUGUCGUCUCUGGCCAUAUGUCUGAGUCACUCAGGUAAGCUUUUGAAAAAUAAGAUUCCUGAGUCCCAUUCUGAGGAUGCUAACUCAGUUUAAAUUAUGACCAAUGGAUCCCUGUUAUUUCUUCUAAGUAAAAAAACUCAAGCCCAU